AAUAAAACAACGCAUGGCUACAACGGGAGAGAGGAGAGAAUAGAAUAGGGGAGCAGGAGGGUGCGUGUGGAUUGCUUGCUCUCCAAUUCAAAAAUGGGGUGAAUUCUUGGGAAGAUUUGGGCGAAAAUCUGGUCGGAUCUUGCUUUCCAUGCGGUGAGAUUUUUGGUGGGUUGGCUUUUAUAUCUCCUCUCUUAUAUCCUUCCUCCCCCCACAGAGAAUCCAAUCAUCAGAAAGUAAAAGAGAACCAAACGAACACCAACCCAACCCAUCCCAACCUCCACCACCUCUUCUUCUACUCUUUCUCCAUCUCUCCCACCCUUCUCUUAUCAUCAUUUCUUGAUUACUGCUGUGGUGGUGGAAAGAAAUACAACACCCACAAAAAGUAGAAGAAGAAGGUAUGACAGUGGAGGCAGAAGCACAGUUCCAUGUUCUGGCUGUGGAUGACAGCCUCAUUGACAGGAAGCUCAUUGAGAGGCUCCUCAAGACCUCCUCCUACCAAGUUACCACAGUGGAGUCUGGGAGCAAGGCUUUGGAAUUGUUGGGAUUCAGGGAGGACCAGUCCAGCACACCUUCUGUGUCGCCAAAUCAGCAUGAGAUUGAGGUGAAUUUGGUUAUCACUGAUUACUGUAUGCCAGGAAUGACAGGGUAUGAUCUGCUGAAGAAGAUUAAGGGGUCUUCUUCUCUUAAAGAUAUCCCAGUUGUAAUCAUGUCAUCUGAGAAUGUGCCUUCCAGGAUCAGCAGGUGCUUGGAAGGAGGAGCUGAGGAGUUCUUUCUCAAACCAGUACAACUCUCAGACUUGAAAAGGCUCAGGCCCCAUAUACUUAAAGGAAAAUCCAAUGGCAAAGAGCAAAAACCGGAGCAGCAACAACAGGAAAACAAUAACAAUAAUGACAGCAGCAGCAUCAGCAGCGGCAGCAGCAACAACCAAAGCAACAAAAGGAAGGCCAUGGAUGCCAUGGAUGAGGGGCUUUCACCUGAGAGGACAAGGCCAAGAUUCUCCAGUGACAGCCUGACAGUUGUGUGAUGUGAAGAAAUCUAAUUGUUGCUUCACCUAGAAUGAUAGACUCUCCAAAUUUCUCAAUUUUUUAUUUCUUUCAUCAUGUAGCCCUUUUGUCUUCUUAUUUUUUUGGAUUGGGAAGUCUUUAUACAUAACACCUAUUCUGUUCCAAUUUUGCAGUGGUUAGAAGUAUACCCAAAUGUAAAUAAUGGAGAAGGCAAGUUGGAUGGUUGUGCAUGGUUAGGCUGGAAAUUUUGAGGUGUUAGGUGCUUCAGUUCUAGAUUUCAAUACUGGUGUUUUGUAUAGCUAGUUUGAUCAAAGCUGAUUACUUCUGGACUGCUGAUUAG